UCACCCUACAGCUUCCCACGGUAGUGGAUGGAGAGGUGAACACCUCUGAUUUUACAUGUAUGUGCUUAGCACUAUAUUGUGUGAAGUGGAAUGUUUCUUUUGAAAACGCCGUGUGUCUGACAUGGGAAACCGAAAGGCUGUCAUCCUUGAAUAGAUCCUCUGUUCAGACACUCAGUGGCUAAAUCCUCUCUUAACCUCUCUUCAUCUCUAUUCAGACUGAGGCCAUCAGUUUAAGGUCACUAUCAGAGCUGCUUUGUCCUUCAGACUCAGGAGCAUAGCAUAGCCUCCACAUCAGAGGUCAAAUUUAUGCAUUUAGCAGACGCUUUUAUCCAAAGCGACUUACAUUGCAUCAGGCUAACAAUUUUUCCUAACAUGUUCCCCGAACACAAAAGUGUUUUUUUCUUAAUUGCAUUUGGAUUUUUUUAUUUUUAAAAGAAAACAAUGCUUCUUUAUUGGAGGCCACUGUAUGUGUGCAUGUGGGUCCAAAUCCAAGGCACUAUUCCCACAGUAUUCUUCCUAUUGUCCUGGGAGAGAGGGAGGGCAACUAAUUAAAAAGAGUGGAAAAGAGGAGACAGAGAAACAGACAGAAGGAAGGAGGGAGGAACUGAGGGGGUAAAGAUAGAGCGAGAUGAGACAGUGGAGAGAAGAGGCUAAUUGAAAGGAGAGAAAUGACAGAGAGCGAGAGAGAAGGGAGGGCUGAUGAGGGGCUGGGAUGCGGGGGGUGUGGGAGGGAAAGGAAGACUUUGCCAAAGUGCCCAAGUUCAGUCACUUGUGCUGCUGCAGCAGAAAGUGGGAGGACGAGCGUAGCCAGGGUGACUGAGAGGUAGGAAGGGCCAGGAAAAGCAGCAAAAGUGAGAGAACACAGGACAAGGACUGUCCUUCUCUGGCUUCAAGUCCAGGGGGUCUGGAGAUGUCAAAACACGACUACAUAUAAGAGCAGAAACAAGUACCAGACUUAGUCAGCAAAAGAGGUCUAAUAAAAACUCCCAAGCAAGCGUGCUUGUAUUGUGGUCGGAGGAUAGAGGGAGAAGUAGAGGAGAAGAAGUUGGAGAGGAAAAAAGGAACUAGGGAGGGGCGUGUUCACAUUAGAAGGUGGCUGCUUUCCUUACAGCUGCAUUUGAAGGACAGAGGAGGAAUCCAUCAUCUGAGAUCAUCUCAGAUCAUCUCACACAUCUCCAUCCAUUCAACAGUCCCUUGCAGGGAUAGAGGAGGACGGAGGACCCUGUGGCGAUGAAGAGACCUCAUGAUUACAGUUCCCCAGACUCAGACACGGAUGAACUGAUUGAUGUCGGACAGGAAGACAGCUACUGCCCUGUCACUGGGUCCAUGUCUCCAGGCAGUACCUCACAGAUCCUGGCGCGCAAGAAGAGAAGAGGGAUAAUUGAGAAGAGACGCAGGGACAGGAUCAACCACAGUCUGUCAGAGCUCAGGAGACUCGUACCCAGUGCUUUCGAGAAACAGGGCUCCUCUAAACUGGAGAAGGCUGAGAUUCUUCAGAUGACAGUGGAUCAUCUGAAACUGCUGCAUUCCAUGGGCGGCAAAGGCUACUUUGAUGCUCGUGCUCUGGCAGUGGACUACAGGACUCUGGGAUUUCGGGAGUGUGUUGGAGAGGUGGUAAGAUACCUCAGCUCUCUGGAGGGGGUCGAAUCCUCAGACCCCAUUGGUGCACACCUUGUGUCCCAUCUCAGUCAAUGCGCCAGUGAGCUGGACCCUCUCCUCCAGAGCCCCGCCGCUUUGCCUUUCCCUCCUUGGCCCUGGCCCUCCUUUCCACAGCUGACAUCCACUUCAUCUCCAGCUUUGUCUAGCCCGUUUCCCCCUACCACCUGCCGAGAUCUGACCCCCCAUGGCACCGCCGCCUUGCUGGGCUACCCUUCACCAGCCCUGCGAGUGGGAUCUUUGAGCACCCAGGGGGCAUUACUGAGUCCAGCGCUGACCCCGGGGCGUCGAAUGCCCUCUGUCCCCAGACAUCCACACAGACUUCAACAGCACUCGCCUGAUGGACCCACAAUCCCUUCAUCCUCCUCAUCCUCCUCCAACUCCCCUCCCCAGAUUUCCUUCAGACCCUUUGCCCCUCUGGGGUCUCCAGCCCCAGGUCGCAGGGGUUUGGGCACCUCCAGUAAGUCUGGACAGGCCUGGGGCACAGAGAUUGGGGCAUUCUGAAUCAGAAGUUUGGAGUUUAUGACAGCCUGAAAGGAAAAAAAAAAAACAUUUCUUGGUCAUUCAGACUUAUUUAUGACCAUUACUGCCUUUUAAAGGAACUACAAAGCAUUGAACAAUUCAAAUAAAAUGUGUUUUCGGUUGAAUCUACUGUUCCAACAUUUAUACUCUCAGAUAAAACAGAUACAAAAGCUGUCAAUAGGGUGAUGCCCUUUCAAAAGAUACACCUUGUUACUCCUAAAGGGUGCAUAUUAGUACAUAAAUACAUAUUAGUAUAUACCGAUUGACUACUUAUGUAUUUUUUUCUGAGAGUUUAGAAAUAAUUGAACAAAACUUUUUAGUUGUUUGUGAUUUUUCUGCUUACAAAGAAAAAUAGGAUUGGAAUGAUAUGGACUUUAGAAUUUAAGUGUAAAAUCAAUGAAAUGCAUCUAUCAGAAAGACUGCAAUUUAGUGAUAGGAAAUUGGAUUUUGAGCUCCAUAUACCCGAACUUUCUAGAAUUUAUUUUUAUUAGUGUACUUGUUUACUCAGUCAUUUAUACAUUCACUUGGAUUCUGACAUGAUAUAUCAUACAUCUGAGAUGGAAAUUCUUGAGAAGAUUACAUAAAGACAAAUUAAAUGUGCCUUGUUAAAACAGUGUUCCUCUUGUUCACUUACUUCCAGAAGAUGGCAGCACUCGAACAAACUCACAGAUCACAGCUCUCUCAAGGCAGGGCCAUGUGUGCAGAAUUUAGUGAACCUCUUAAAAGUGAGUUCCCUUUUCCUGAAUCCCAUGAUCAGAGGAAAACUAUUAGCAAUGUUAUGUCUUAUUAUUCUAUAC